AUGGCAGCUUCCUGUGUUUACGAUGUCUUCUUGUCUUUCAGCGGCCUUGAUACUCGCAAGAAAUUUACUGGUCACCUCUUGGCUGCUUUGGAUCAGCAUGGUUUUUACACAUUCAGAGAUGACACUAAACUCCAAAGAGGUGAAGAAGUUGGUCCUGGAUCGUUGAAAGCAAUUGAGAAAUCAAGAGUUUCCGUUAUCGUAUUCUCGAAAAACUACGCCUCCUCAGAAUGGUGCCUUGACGAGCUUGUCAAGAUCAUGGAUUGCAAGACGAUACUCAAUCAGAUUGUUAUUCCCAUCUUCUAUGACGUCGAACCUUCUAAUGUUCAAUCACAGAGCGAUUGUUAUGCAGAAGCGAGUGAGUCAACGUGUAUUAAGUCCGUUGUUAAAGGAUUGGCAGAUAAAUUAAAUCCUACGGGCUUAAGUGUUCCAGAGUAUCAAGGGAUUGGUGGAAUUGGUAAGACUACCAUUGCUAAAGUACUGUAUAAUCGCAUUCAUCGUUUUCAUCUAUUUGAAAGCAGUAGCUUUCUUCAUGAUGUUGGACGAAUUUCUAGGGAUACCAACGGUGUCGUUAAAUUUCAAAAACAGCUUAUGUCGGAUCUCCUAAAUGAUGAAAAUGAGAAAAUAAGAUGCGGGGAUCAUGGAAUUGAGGUGAUAAAAUGUCAAGCAUGGUGUCGAAAGGUUUUUCUUGUUGUCGAUGGUGUGGAUAACGACAGCCAAUUGAGUGCUUUGGCUAUAAAUCGUAAUUGGGUAUGUCCUGGAAUUAGAAUCAUAGUAACAACUAGAGAUUUGUCUGCAAUAAAGUCACUUCAAGUGGAUGAGGUGUAUAAUCUUGAGGAGUUGAAUAUGGAGGAAUCUCUUCAACUCUUCAGUUGGCAUGCCUUUAGAAGAGACUGUCCUCUAGAAGGUUAUGAAAGCCUCUCUGACGCAGUAGUGUGUUAUGCGAAGGGACUUCCUUUACUUCUUACAACUUUAGGUUCUUUAUUGUCUAGUAAAGCGGUACAUAAAUGGCAAGCUCAAUUGGAGAAGUUGAAAAAGAUUCCUGAUCCUAAGUUCAAGAUAUACUAA